AUGUUGUUCAAGGCUGUCCGUUUCUCAAAAACAGCAUUGCUAGCGCAGUACGUCCUCAGUAUUAUAGUGCUGUCGAUCUUCUGGACGUCGUUCAGCUCCAUCCACGGUCUUGGCGUCUCCACUACCCGACCGCUCCUUACCGACCGGCCGGACGUCGAUCGCCGACCACCUCCUUCCAUUCCGGUUGAUUCAGUACAUAUUUCUGAUACAGAGGCUGGCCUCAUCGAGCUCUCGGCUCAGCAUUUUAUCGAUUACCCGUUGCAAAAGCCUUACACGAAUCGGUUUGGAGAGCUCGGUGGCAGAGUACAGGUUCUGCGAAGAUGGAUAGAGUUGAGCGAGGAAGCUACUCCGGGGCAACCGACGGAUCGGGUGGUUGAAAGCGUUGAGGCUGUCAUUGCCUCCACAUUUCCAUUCCUUGUGAAGGACCAAGCUUCAACUACACCUCUGGCCGACCUGAGACGGAGUUUCACAGAACCACGAGGGAUUGUAAUCCCUACAGGGAGCAAGACAUUCCGUUUCGCCUGUCACUUAAUCGUCAGUCUUCGCCAGGUCUUCAAGACGACACUUCCGAUACAAGUUGUCUACGCUGGGGAUGCAGACCUUCCUAAAGCAAAACGGGAUGCAUUGCUAUCGCUGGCCAGCUUUGGUACGGAAGGCGGCGACGUUGAGCACAGCGAAAUCAGCUUCCUCGAUGUGAUGGACGUGUUCGACGACAGCACUUUGAAGCUAGCAUACGGCGGGUGGGCCAUCAAAAUCUUUGCCGCAUUAGCAAGCAAAUUCAGCGAGGUCAUCCUUUUGGACGCCGACGCAGUCUUUUUCCAGGACCCGAUAGCACUUCUAAAGCAGAAGUCUUACCAGGAUAACGGCGCUCUGUUCUUUCAUGACAGACUGCUUUGGCAGUAUGACUUCAAAGAGCGACAUCAGUGGUGGCACUCGCAGGUCGUCCAUGAGGGCCCAAACCUCAACAAAAGUCUCGUCUGGACCCAGACUUAUGCCGAAGAACAAGAUUCGGGCGUGGUCGUGGUCGACAAGUCUCGGCUGGACGUGUUACUCGGCCUGCUCCACGUGGCCUGGCAGAACACAAGGGAUGUACGAGAGGAGACGACGUACAAGAUGACCUAUGGCGACAAGGAGGCGUGGUGGUUUGGGCUUGAACUGGCCAACGCGACUUAUGCAUUCGAGAAACAUUAUGGCGGCAUUGUGGGGUGGGGCCGGAGCCGCGCGCAGCUGAAAACGACGGGAAAUACCACCACGCCUUCAGAGCCGCCCGAAAAAGUCUGCAGUUUUGUCAUCUCUCACGUUGACGAGUCCGACAACCUCCUCUGGUUCAACGGGGGGCUUCUAAAGAACAAGAUCACCAACAAGCGGGAAUUCGAAGUACCGACGCAUUGGAUGAUGGAUGCCGACUGGGAGAAGGGGGCAAACAAGCCAGAUAUGUCUUGCAUGAAACAUGGAACCGCGAUGGAGCUUACGGGCGCGGAGAAGGAGACGAUCAGACAAUCAAUUGAAGGGGCGCAAAUGACGGCGCAGGGGCUACCAGAGUCUCUUGGAAGCUCAUCAUCCGAUAUUAUCGUCUUCAAGUGGUUUGCCAGGAGCUACGGCGUACAUCGCGAACAGAGGCACAACUGCUUGGCUCGAAGUGGCAGCAGCAGUGGCGGCAGGGACCCACAGACUGUAGAUCUUCUUCAGGGCCUCUUCGAUAACGGUCUUGCCGGCUCCAGGAACGCCGCUGAGCCAGAGUGCCGAAUCAAGGUGUGCCAAGCCAUACUUAGAAUUCUGACUUACGCGUGA